UCCAGUUCCACUGUUCCCUCUGCUUAAGGAAAAGAUGAACUGCUUGCACCAGGAGUCAGCCCACACACAGAGCCCGUCCCUGGAACAUGCCUGGCCUCAGCACAAGCUGCACAGAAGACUGACACCUUCUCACUCAUGCCUCUCAUUUUCCCUCUCUCUUUGCCUGUAGUUAUUUUUAGAUUUCAUGGUUAAAGCUUGUCCCUUCUGGACGCUCACACGCACAGGACAGCACACACACACGCUGUGGAUACAACUUGGAUACGGGACAGAGCCAACUAAUCAUCUUGUCCCACAUCAAGGAACAAAUUGCAAUUUCUGAUGACAAAAUACUGUCCUUUAAGAGGAUGCGAAACCACAUGGAAUUUUCUGGCUUGCAAAUUUGACUAGAAGGCUUUCAACAGACAGAAAAGACAGUUUGCACAGCAACUUCCUCUUCUCUGAAAUUUCCUUCCAGUUUGCAGAAUCCUGCUAUCUUUCAGCAUUUGCUGCAAGCCUGAUUCCCAUGCCGACUGCCAUAAAUGCAGCGGUGGCUCAGCAAACAGCUGCUGGGUCAGUCCCCAGUGCCACCAUUGGCACUACGGAGGGAGCAGGAGGGGGCACAGGGGGGAUUUAUUCUGCCAUUAUUAGUCGCAAUCAGCCCAUUAUCAGCAUCAAGGAGAAGACCUAUGAAGAGCUUCACAGGAAGUGCCUGGAGAAAAAUGUUCUCUAUGAAGAUCCCGAUUUCCCACCAAAUGAGUCGUCACUUUUCUACAGCCAGAAAAGCCCCGUCAAGUUUGAAUGGAAAAGACCACGUGAAAUCUGUGAAAAUCCACGGUUUAUUAUUGGUGGAGCCAACAGAACAGAUAUCUGCCAAGGAGAAUUAGGUAACUGCUGGUUUCUGGCUGCCAUUGCUUGCCUGACACUGAAUAAAAAACUACUCUGUAGAGUCAUACCUCAUGACCAGUCCUUCAUACAAAACUAUGCUGGUAUCUUUCACUUCCAGUUCUGGCGCUAUGGAGACUGGGUGGAUGUCGUCAUCGAUGACUGCUUACCCACCUACAACAACCAGCUGGUCUUCACCAAGUCCUCCCAGCGCAACGAGUUCUGGAGCGCCCUCCUGGAAAAGGCCUAUGCAAAACUCCAUGGGUCAUAUGAAGCUUUGAAGGGAGGCAACACCACUGAAGCCAUGGAGGACUUCACCGGAGGAGUCACAGAGUUCUACGAGAUAAAGGAUGCCCCUAAAGAUAUCUAUAAAAUCAUGAAACAUGCCAUUGACAGAGGUUCCCUCAUGGCCAGUUCCAUUGAUGAUGACCUAGGAUUUUCCUAUGGAUCAGCUCCUGGAAGCAGCAUUGGAGAACUGAUUGCUCGCAUGGUGAAGAAUCAAGAAAAUGCACAGAUGACUCAGUCCACUGUAGACUACCAGGGGAUGGAGGAGAGGCCAGCCUGGACCAUAGUGCCGAUGCAGUACGAGACACGGAUGUCCUGCGGGCUCGUCAAAGGCCAUGCCUACUCCGUGACAGCCGUGGAAGAGACAGUAUUUAAAGGGGAGAAAAUACGUCUGGUAAGGCUGAGAAACCCCUGGGGCCAGGUGGAAUGGAAUGGAGCCUGGAGUGACAAGUCAGAGGAGUGGGACUCUGUUAAUGAAGCAGAGAAAAUCCGCCUGCAGCACAAGGUCGUGGAAGAUGGGGAGUUCUGGAUAUCAUUUCAAGAUUUCAUGAGGCACUUCACAAAGCUUGAGAUCUGUAACCUCACACCUGAUACUCUGGAAGUGGAUAAAUUCCAGACCUGGACUGUGUCAGUCAAUGAAGGACGUUGGGUGAGAGGCUGCUCAGCUGGAGGUUGCCGCAAUUAUCCAGAUACAUUUUGGACCAAUCCCCAGUAUCGCUUGAAGCUCCUGGAGGAAGAUGAUGAUCCUGAGGAUGAAGAGGUUAUCUGCAGCUUCCUUGUUGCACUGAUGCAGAAAAACAGGAGGAAAGAGCGCAAGCUGGGAGCCAACCUGUACACCAUCGGCUUUGCCAUCUAUGAGGUGCCCAAAGAGAUGCAUGGUACCAAGCACCACUUGCAAAAGGAUUUUUUCCUCUACAAUGCCUCCAAAGCUAGAAGUAAGACUUACAUAAACAUGCGAGAAAUCUCUGAGCGUUUCCGGUUACCUCCCAGCGAGUAUGUCAUCAUCCCAUCGACAUAUGACCCCCACCAGGAGGGAGAAUUCAUCCUCAGGGUCUUCUCAGAGAAAAGAAGUCUUUCAGAGGAGGUUGAAAACACGAUUGAGGCAGAGCGUCCUUUGAAGAAAAAGGGCAAGCCUAUCAUCUUCGUUUCUGACAGAGCGAACAGCAAUAAGGAGCUGACAGCAGAUGAAAAUGCUGGCAAAGAUGGUGAAAAAACCAAAGCAGAUGAUAAAAAGCGUUCUUCAGCAAAAGCUCAUGAGGAGAGUGAGGAGCAAAAACAGUUCAGGAAUAUUUUCCGACAGAUCGCAGGGGAUGACAUGGAGAUCAAUGCUGAGGAACUUAGGAAUGUUCUCAAUAAUGUCGUAAAAAAACAUAAGGACCUAAGGUCAGAAGGGUUCGAAUUGGAGUCCUGCCGCAGCAUGAUUGCCUUAAUGGAUACGGAUGGCUCAGGGAAGAUAAACUUUGAUGAAUUUCGACAUCUCUGGGACAAGAUUAAAAGCUGGCAGAAAAUCUUCAAGCGUUAUGACACGGAUCAUUCAGGAACCAUUAACAGCUACGAGAUGCGCAAUGCAGUCAAUGAUGCAGGGUUUCGGCUGAACAACCAGCUCUACGACAUCAUCACCAUGCGCUACGCAGACAAGAACAUGAACAUUGACUUCAACAGCUUCAUCUGCUGCUUUGUGCGCCUGGACGCCAUGUUCCGGGCAUUCCACGCCUUUGACAAAGAUGGAGAUGGCAUCAUUAAGCUGAAUGUCCUAGAGUGGCUGCAGCUCACGUUGUACGCGUAACACCAGAGCAGUGGCCGCCUCCAUCAAGAGCACGCUGAAGACUUCCAAGGAGCUCAUACCAUUCAUCCCAACAGCAAACAGGAGCACUUCCUAAUUAUGUCAUUCACUCCCCAAGAUGAACAGUACAUGGGAAGAAGCCCUUGGAAAAAGAGACAACCAUACUCUAGUGGACAGGACAGUGCAUGUAUACUGUAACAAAUUCUAUAGCAUCCUGACAUUUUUCCUUUCGGCAACAGGGAUUAAUUUAUUGAUGACUGAAUUAAGCUUUCUCUGCAUGGUGAAGACAUGGAGAAUACAUAAGUGUUCUGCUUGUGCUGACAACUGGAAAGGUCUUCCCUCAAGUCAAGUGAAACUGGGACUUUAUCUAACUGUGAAAGUCAGAGGUGUUUACUGCCACCGUCUAAUUGGUCAUUAAUUUUUUGUCCUGGUCUUGGUAUUACCCUUUCAUCUCUUUGUAAUGUUUACUGAAUAUUUCACAUGAAAUUGGGCUAAUUACAUUAAUAUUAUGCAACCCAAUGUUGCAGUUAGAUUUGUCUGUGCAGGUUGGAUCUCUGCUACGUAGAAAUUAGGAGAGUAGGGCACGACAGACUGCAAUACCAGAGUACAGCUAGAUAUGCCUCAGCAGCAGUACCAGAACUGAGCAAUUUGCUCUCAUUUUUAGUACUCUUCCUAAUUAAAAAUGUGAACAUUGUGUUUUCCAUUGCAACUGCAUUCCCCAUAACACUGGGAAACUUAUAUGCCAUUCAAGGCAGAAAACCUCUUAUACAUACAAAUUUAUAUAUCUACACACAUGUAUUUCCCCCCACCCAGGUCCUAUUUCCCAACACUAUCAUGCACUUCCUUAUUGCAAGAGGUGACUUGUAGCAGAAUCAGAUACUAUGUCAGCAUGACCACUUUGGGAAUAUUAUUCUAAUGGGCAAGUACAAUUAGUUUAAUGGAACCAAAAAUAAAAUCAAUUGGAUUUUGGCCUAGGCUUUUUAUUUUUAUUCUGAAAGAACAGAUAAAGAUGAAAUAUUGAGCUUCCUCCACUUCUUCUUCCAUUCUCCUGAAUAUACAGCAGCUUUUGGAGUUUAUGGCAAGUGUGAAAUUAGCUUAAUAUCUCAAAUAUUUGCCAGUUUAUUCCUUGAAUACAUUAAAAAAAAAAGUGCACUUGAGAGGUUCCUUUGCUACCAGCUUAAAGGAUGACAGGUUUUCACAAAUACAAUAUAAAAAAUGGAAGGAAAAACAAAACAUGCAAGGAAUACCAGAUUUUGUCAGGAGAACCUUUUACUUAGUUCUCUAGUAACAAAAAGUAGCAAAGCAAUCCACUAAUGUAAAGCAAAAUUUUCAAAAAAAAUUGUAGCAUCAACUCAAAGUUACUCCAGUGAAUAGUACAUUGAACUGAAAGGUCAC